AUGAGCUAUCCCUCGAGCUCCACCUCCAUCGCCAUGCGCAAGCCCAAAGGCCUGUCAAAGGGCGCCGCCUGCGUGACCUGCAAGCUGCGCAAGGUCCGCUGCGACGCCGUCAAGCCGGCGUGCACGGCGUGUCGCCGCUCGGCCCGCUGGCGCGGCGACGACGCCGUCGGAUGCUGCUACGUCGAGGCGACGCCGAGGCGCAAGUCGAGCAAGUCGCACCACGACGACCUGCUGCGGCACUGCCUGCGCUCGGCGAGCGGCGACAGCACGGCGUCGUCGUCGGGCGUGUCGACACCGUCCUCGGAGCGGUCCGAGCACCCGUUUUCAAACCCUCCCUCGCCUGCACUCCUCGACCUCGAGUCGCUCCUCGCCUUCCCAAUCCCGUCCUUCCCCGCCAUCACUUCUUCCACCUUCGCCCUCCCCGAGUUGCCGCCUCUCGACGGCACGUUUGCCUCGAGCCUCGAUGCGUCGACCAAGGGCAAGGCGUCGAGCAUGGACGCGCUGGCGUACCCGACCGACAUGGACCUCGACUCGCUCCUCCUCGACUUGGCCUUGUCGCUCCCUCUCCCGACCUGGCCGCCUGCGCUCGACUCGUCGACAGUCGUCAGCGACCCGAGCUUUCCAACCAUCGGCGGCGUUGCCUGCACGGCGCCUCAAUACGCCUCGGACCUGGUCGCCUCGCCCUCGUCGUACCUCGACCUCGACUUCGACCUCGGCCCCUGUCCCCCUCUCUCGCCCUCAUUCACCGCCUCGUUCGACUCCUUCGUCGCACCUCCACCUCCUCUCGAGCUUUCUCUACCGCAAGGGCCCGGCCUUGCGCUCGCCGAAACGAACCCUCCUGCGCCCUCCUCGACCAGGUCCCUCCCUCUCGCUCGCCGCGCCGCACGCCCCGAGCGUAUCGCCAUCCCCAACUCGGACCCUGCCGAUCCUUUCGCGGCCGCCUUUGGCCAGGCGCUCGCCGAGCGGCUGUGCAGCGGUGCGGCGCAGCUCGAGUUGUGAUUCUCCUCCCUCUCCCUCGCCUUCCCACCCUUUGUGCACCCUAGAUCCGUUGUCAGUGUCGCCUGUAACGAGUCUGCUCCUUUUAG